AUGGUGAGGAUUCUAGAGAAUAUUCCAGAAGAGAUGAGACAGAUAGCAAUGAGAACAAUUAUUUAUGAAUCAAAUGUCCGCUUCAUGUUUCCAGUUCAUGGAUGUCUUGGUGUUAUUAAGGAAUGUUGUGAUAUGAUAAGUGAGGCUUUUAAAGAGUUAUGUCAAGUAAAAGAGUUACUACAUUAUUGUAAGGUAAAUCAUUUACAACAACUAAAUCUUUCCUCUUUGCUACCUUCUACAAGUUCUCAAAAUCCAAAUCUUCAACCACAUGUUCCAAUGGAUUGUCCUUUGAGAGCUUCUACUAAUUCUCAUGUUUCUAAUAUUCCAAUAUUUAACAAUGUUGGUAAUGUUUCUGAUUAUUGGAAUGAUAUCAUUCCAAGUGAUGUUAACAAUAUUCCGACUAAUACAAAUUUGAAUAUAAAUUCAAAUGAAGCAAUAAGGGUUGCACAAUUGAAUGAAGAACUUUCCGAUAAUAAAGAAUCUGAUCUUCAUGGUGGUGGUGUUGAUACAAAUACUAGUGUGAAAGUUGAUUUGGAGGAAAAGGAAACACCGUUUAAUGUUGAUGAUUUCUUCAUUCCAGAUUCUGAUAUUGAUAAGUUUUAUUAG